AUGGUAAACUCUAAACCAAUUUUAAAAUUUAAUAAUAAUAAUCAAUUUAAAAUUGUUCAAUUUACUGAUUUACAUUAUGGUAGUGAUCCAGAGUCAGAUGUAGAUUCAGUUUAUUCUCAAAUUACAAUCUUAGAUUAUGAGAAACCAGAUUUAGUAGUUUUUAGUGGUGAUAUGAUUUCAGGUUACCUUGAUCCAUUUGAAGAUAAUGAUAAAAAUUAUUGGAAGUAUUGGAAUUUAUUCACUGAACCUUUAAUUGAAAGAAAUAUUCCAUGGGCUAUUACAUUUGGUAAUCAUGAUGGUGAAGGUGCACUCAGUACAAAUGAAAUUUUGAAACUUGACCAAACUUUUAAUUUAAGUCUUUCCCAAUCAAAUUCAGUGGAAAUGCAUGGGAUUGCAAAUUAUGUAUUAAAAAUUUCAAGUUCAAAUAGUUCAAAAGAGGAACCUGCAUCUUUAAUUUAUAUUUUUGACAGUUCCACCAAAGGUUGUUCAAAAUUAGAUUGGGGUUGUGUUCAUCAAGAUCAAGUGGAUUGGUUUAAAAAUACUUCAAAAAGUUUUAACAAAACUAAUUCAAUUGCAUUUGUUCAUAUUCCUCCAAUUGAAGUUAUUGACUUAUGGAACAAAUAUCCAGUUCAUGGUAAUUUUUCAGAAACUCCAUGUUGUUUUGAUAAUGAAUUUGGUAACUUUGUCCCAAGCCUUGUUGAAUCAGGAGAUGUUCACGGUUUAUAUUUUGGUCAUGAUCAUGAAAAUGAUUUCCAUGGAGAUUAUAAAGGUGUUGAUUUAGGAUAUGGCAGAAAAUCAGGUGAAGGUUCAUAUAGUUCCAAAAAGCCAUUAGGUGCAAGAGUAUUCCAAUUAACCGAAUCACCUUUUACUCUUUCAACAUGGAUAAGAGAAGUAAAUGGUAAUAUUGUAUCUCAAGAUGUUCAUGUACAAUCUGAAAUAGAUCAAAAACCACUUCAAUGUAAAAGAAAGAUAGUAAAAUAUAGUAAAAGACAAUUGUUAAUUUAUAAAAUUGUUGGAAGUUUUUCAAUUUUUUUGGCAGUAGUACUCGUUGGUUUGGCUGGAUUUUUUGGAUAUAAAUUUUAUAAAAAGUAUGAAUUUAAAAAACAUUACCAAGAAUUAAAAAAAUUCUCAAAUUGUAUUUUAUAA